CGCCAGAUCCAGCCGUAGCACUUGUCGAAGUACACUAUAGAAGUCGUCUCACCUAACCGAGGUUACAGAAAUGGCAGACGAGCUCCGUCGCGUACGCACACAGUUCAUCAAUCGCUCGAACGUGGCGCUUAUUUCUCAGCUCCUCGACGACCUUCUCGAUGACGGCGUCUUGAACGAUGGGGAGAAAGAAACCAUCGUUCAGGGUUACAGCGUCAUCCAAGACAGAGCCCGGGAAGUCACCAGCAUGGUGAUAAAGAAAGGCGACGACGCCAGCUGGAAGAUGAUCGCUCACCUGAAGGAGAGAGACCUCAACCUCUUCACUGUUUUGGGCUUGAACACCCCUCUUCAUCCCUGUUCUCCUGCAGCUGCAUCAAACCAAAACAAGGCACCCAGGCAGGACGGAGGCGCCAACUGUAGUUACCCUGUGACAGAAGCUUCCAAAAAGAACCGCGUGGCCCUGCUCAUCACGAACAUGGAGUUUUCUAAUCCAAGUCAAAACCGAAACGGUGCAAAGAAAGACCAAGAGAACAUGGAGCGCGUGCUCAGGUGGCUCCACUACGACGUUGUUUCACACACUAACCUCACAGGAAAGCAAAUUGAAGAGGCCGUGGUUGACUUUGCGAAACACCCCAAGCUCAAGAGCACCGACAGCGUUGUUGUGAUCAUCAUGUCCCAUGGAAAACUGGGGAAGGUGCUUGGGGUUGGGCCGCAGCCGGAUGAGUUCCUGCUCAGUGAAAUAUACGAGCAUCUCAGCACAAAGAAAUGUCCGGCCCUGCUGGACAAACCCAAGAUCAUCGUCGUCCAGGCCUGCAGGGUAGAUAGCCCGGCACAUCCGGGUAAGGCCAUAUAUAUUACCGCCUCUACUGAAGUACAUCUUACCCUUGAAAGUAUCUUCACAGAGCAAUCUGGCACAGUCUAUGUUGAGGAUGGCACCGGAGAGUAUAUAGAAGACGCUCUACGAUCAGCACACAGAGAAAAAGAUUUUAUUUCUCUUCUCUCCUGCACACCCGGCACAGUGUCAUACAGACACCCAGAAGAAGGCUCUUUGCUUAUUCAGUACAUUGCAGAUGUUUUUGAACAACACGCAAAGAAUGACCACAUUGAGGAGCUUUUCCGAAAAGUCAUGCAACGCUUCGAAGAGUCUUUUGGAAAUGACAAACACCAGAUGCCGACCAAAGAAAGAUGCUCACUGGCAAGACACUUCUUCUUUUUUCCACAGUAAACCACAAAGUCAGUUUCAUAGAAGCAUUUCAGGUUCAACAGUUCUGACCUGAGUAUUCAACAGAAGAGGAAAUGAAAAGUAAACACAGGAAGUGAAAGAAACAUCAUCUCCAGAUUGGAAUUGUGCAACAACUGCAGAGGAGUCACCAGCUCAAAUUAUUGUAAGAAUAAAACAAGUGUAAUGCACUUGAAAGAUGUGGUGAAAUAGUUUUAUGAAGUGGCCACGAGACAAGUACCUUAUUAGUUCAAACUACUAUGAGCAAUAGGAAAGACAGUAGUAACUAGGAAGAAAAAUAAAUAUGUAUUAAUGGAUGUGGUGUAAUUUUAUAUUAGAGUUUGUUAUUACUUUCUUACUGCAACAUACAGGUAAGCUUGAUACACAUUUUUUUAUAUUAUUAUCAGGUGCUACUGGGGGCCGUCAAAAUGUUCCCCAUGGAGCAGAAACUGAAAAUUUGAAUCAAUAAAAACAAA